AUGAGAUUUACUGCUGCUUUAUAUUCCUUUAAAAACCUCUUCUCAUUAGGCUUGCUGGUCAGCCGUUGCUCUGGUGCACAGGCAAUAACGUCCAGUGCAGAUGAGAAUACACUGGCCAGGUCCGCCGCUGCAGAUGCUGAUAUGCCGUUCUUCCUGGCAUUUUUGGAGGAUUUCGAAACCGCAUUUCCACAGUAUACUUCAUACAUGAUGCAGAACCAUCUGACCCUUCCUCAAGCUGUUGCUGACUAUUACUACCAUAUUGCUGACUUAGCCUCAACGGCUAAUCUGGAAUCUGAUAUUGCUCAGAGUUUCCCGUUCACGCAAUUCAAAACAUUUAUUACGGCCUUCCCAUGGUAUACCUCUUUGCUAGAAAAGGCUUCGGCUACGACUAUAUAUCCACCGCAACACUUUCUAACAGAUGACACGCAGCCUAGCGAAACUAGCUCCGCCUAUUCCAGUCGGACAGCCUCUACUUCCACAGAAAACUCUAUUGCUUCAUCCACAGCAAGCACGAGUCAGCCCAUGUUUUCAAAUUCCAAGUCACAUAAUAAUUCGACGUUUUCUAGUACUAACGAAGAUACGGCCUCAACAUCGACAGAAAAGUCUUCAUCAAUCUCGUCAACCACACAAUCACAAAACGGUGCCCGCACAAAUAGCUUGUAUUUCCCCAUGGCGUUAUUUGGAAUCCUUGCCGCAGCGCUUUAA